CCGGUAAGUGGACCAGGCGUUGACGGGAUCGCUGCAGUCCGCCAACUUGCUUCGAGCUGUCCUUCCGUCUUCCGAAUUGGCUGUGGCGUCUCAGAUACCAUCCUUGAGUCGCGGUACUUUUGCUAUAAGGUCCAUUGCUGCCCACUUCUGUUUCUAUUGAACGUUUUCUGUUGGACAUCAGCGGCAGUGACCUUUCCAAGUACCUCCUAAUACCCACCACACACUCCUUACAUUCUCUUCUCCCCGUCCCUGGUUGGACUUGAAAAAGGAAUUUAAUAAUUAUACAUUCAAAGCUAGACUUUGCUGGCCGUCUGUCACUAACCAUUCUUUCAACGCAACAUCAACAACAACAUCAACGACACAUUUAAUUCGAUCAUCAUGCCUAGCGUACGCUCCACCCUCUACUGGCUCCUCGUGGCCGCCCCAACUUUUACUCUCGCCGCCCCGGCCGGUGUCUAUCCUCGACAGGAGGCUACUACUACUGCCGCCGUUGCUGAGCCCCCAGCUGCCACCGCAAGUGCACCAGCUGCUCCUCCAGCAGCCGCUCCCCCAGCAGGUGGAUUGACCGAUCCCGACAUCCUCAACUUCGCCCUCACAGCAGAGCACCUCGAGGCCGAGUUCUACAAGCAAGGCUUCGCCAAGAUUCCCGCGGAACAGUUCACUGCCCUCGGACUGAGCGAGGGCCAGAUCGCCUCCCUCAAGAAGGUCGGAGAGACAGAGGCCACCCAUGUUUCCACUCUCUUGAGCGCCAUCUCUGGCGCCGGUGUUAAGCCCGUGGAGCCUUGCCAGUACAACUUCGAUGCUGCCCUCGUAGAUGCUAAGACCAUGGUUGCUACCGCACGUGUUCUCGAGGCCGUCGGUGUAUCUGCCUAUCUCGGUGCCGCACCUCUGAUCACUUCGCCCGAUGUCCUCGCAGCCGCAGCUUCCAUUGCCACGGUCGAGUCUCGUCACCAGGCUUUCAUCCGUGUAGCUGCUGGAGCCGAGCCCGUCCCCGCUGCAUUCGACACUGCCCUUGGACCCCGUGCCGUCUUCACCCUCGCCGCUCAGUUCAUCACCUCUUGCCCCGAGGGUUCCAACUUGAACAUCCAGGCCUUCCCCUCAAUCGCUCUCCAGAACCCCGAGCAGGCCGUCGUUGGACAGAACCUCAAGUUGGCUGAUGCUGCCAACCCUGCCGGUGCCCAGUUCUGCGCUUUCGUUGCUCCUGGCGGUAACCAAUUCGCACCUCUCGUCGACGGCAACUGCGUCAUCCCCGGCAACCUCGCCGGUGAGGUGUACAUGAUGGUCACCAAGUCCCAGUCCGUCGCCGACUCCGAGGUGCUCGCCGGACCUUCCGUCAUCCAGCCCUCAUAGACGAAUUAAAGGAAAAGAGAAGGAUAAAAUAUGACUUUAACGCGCGUUCAUGUUAUAAUUCUGCAUAUAUGUUUCUCUCCUCCCCCCCCUCCUUUUCCUUUCCCAAAUGUUUAUGAGAGUGGACUAGGGAAAAAGAGGGGGGUUUCCUCGUUCCUGCAGAAGAGGGCGAAGAGCGUAUGUGUACAAGCCAUCAACAACAACCAACCACACAAU